AUGUUCAAGAAAGAACUACCCACGGCGCCCAAGUCGAAGCUCAAGUCCUCAGUCCAGCGCAACUUGCGCCAGAGUCUGUUGACAACCUACCCGCUCUUGAAUGCCUACAUUGAUGAGAUCCUGCCCAAGAAGGGCUCGCUGGAGGCCAUGAAGCUGCCCGACCGCGCCACCCUCUACGUUCUCGACGGUGAGCCCCUCUUCUUCCAGGUCGACACCAACACACUGCUCCCCCACCUCAAGCUGGUGCACCGCUUCCCCGCCGGCUUCCCGUCGAUACGCAUCGACCGCGGCGCCAUUCGCUUCGUGCUGUCCGGCGCCACGCUCAUGGCCCCUGGCCUGACGAGCCCUGGCGGCCGCCUGCCCAGCGGCAAGGGCGGCGAGCCCGAGGGAUUGGACGAAGAGGACCGGUGGAGCCGAGAGCUGGAAAAGGGCGAGCCCGUUGUUGUCAGGGCCGAGGGCAAGACGGAGGCUUGCGCUAUUGGCUUUUUGGUCGAGGGAACCAAGGCCGUGAAAGAAAAGGGCAAGGGCCCCGUCAUUGAGGACGCACACUACCUUGGCGAUGGCCUCUGGAGGUUGGGAACGGACUGA